GGCGCCUGUCCAAGUAUGACCUUGCCCUGGAGCUCACGGAUGACUUCCUGGCACUGACUGACAAGGACUUCGGGCGCAUUGCGAAGGGAGGUGACGCCAAGGUAGAUCUCCUCGCGCUGCCUGCUCCAGACGUCCCGAAGCCCCUGCCGUUGGUGGACAUGGCGCCCGCGGAGCUGGAGGACGGUGGCGGUGCCCCGGGCGGUCCCUUGUUGGCGAUAGAGGAUACGGACCAUGCCGGGGGGCCAGACAUGGGCGAGGCUGCCAUCGUCGAGAUGCUCGGGGGUGCGGUCGAGGGCGCCGUUGUGCAUCCUCCUGAGUUGAAGGAUCGCAAGUUCCUCGGGAUGAAGGUGAACUACGACAACUUCACUCGCAAGUCGGGGAGGCGCCGUGCCUACAUCACGUGUCCCAAUAGGGAUUGCCACCGCGCGUGCUUCCGCUGGACGACGAUUGAUCUGUAUCCAGAUGCACGCACUUGCGCAGCGAGCUUGUUCGCUUGGGCUUUGGCGCACGACCGUUUCGAGGGCGACGAGGCGAAGGUUCAGCAUCAGGGCCACCACCCGUCGGAGGCCGAGGUCAACCAUGUGCUGCACAGCAUGCCCGAGUGA